CUUGAAAAUGCUGAUCCCAUUUUAGUAAUAGCAAGUCUGUAUAAUCUAUGCACUUUGUCUUAAAAUGUCAGUAUGGCACAAAGAAGAUCUCAAGUGUCAACGAAAUGGUGAAGAAGAUAAAAAUCCACUCCUACUGAAAAAGAUAUCGACAAUCAAAACAGAAGUUUCAGAGUUGGAAAAAGAAAUACUUAGUCUUAAAAGUCCGGAUUUGAUGGUGUACAAAAAAUAUGAGGAAAUUCUUCUCCAGAAAACUAUAACACUUGAUGAAAUGGACACUAAAGGUUUAGAAAUUGUGAAGGAACACCGUCGGAAUACAAUUUUAUAUAUACAAAGUAUAAUGUCGACAUUAGAUAGAAAAUAUACAAAUUCAUAAUAUAAUAGAACAUCGAUUUUUAUUAUCACCUUAUCUACGUUUACAGAUAAGAUGAUACAAUUAUUGCAGAAACCAUAGAAGUUCUAGUUAUUUUAAAAUGUCGAAAACAUUCCUAAAACCAUUCUACAUAAACUUAUUGCAAUGUUGCAUACAACUGGAAAUAACCGUUACGGAAAACCUGGAAAACAUCACCACAAGACUAAGGGAAGGUGACUAUGAUAUAGAAAAAGCCAAGGAUUAUCAUUACAAAGAAAUCCUGAAAAAAUUAAAGAAUAUUAAAAGCCAAGUGGAUAGUAUUCGAGAAAACGAAGCUGAGUUGGAUCAUUUGAACUCCAUAGACGUUCUCAAUGAAGCUGAGAGAAAGCGGUACAGCUACGUCCAGGAAAAGGUUAAAGUAUUCUCUAGGAGCGAGUGUAAUUUGAACACCCUCCACUUAAGAGAAUCAAGAAGGGCUUCAAUGAUGGCGUCACAGAACUCUUUAAAUGCGUGGGAGCAAAUUCUGGAAACAAACAAGGAAAAACCUGCCGAUGUUUUCUUGAAACCACCUGUAAGAAACAAGAGUAUAUGCAGAAAGAACAAGAAGUUCAUAUCGGAGACAUUUGAUAACUUUUUAGAAGAGAAACCCGAUCUAGAAACCUUAAAUUCCAUACCGGAAACCGAUACUUUGACAGUUCCUGACGGGGUUGAUGAAAAUAGAAGAAGUUUGAUAGAAAACGAAGAAGCUAUUGCCCAGUGCAUUGAAGAUUAUUUAAGUAAUAAUAACAUUCUAGAACCAAUAGAGCAUGAAAAGAAGUUUGUAUCGCCUACAAUUGAAGAUGAAAAUAGAAAAAGUUUAAUUGAACACGAAAAAGUUAUUGCACAAUGUAAUGAGGGUUAUCUAAGUAAUAAUAAAAUUCUAGAACCAAUAGAACAUAAUGCACACACACCCAAGAUAGUAGGUUUUCUGCGUAUACCCUUUAUUCAUGUAUACAUAGCACUAUCUUAUCUGCAGAUAAAAACCAGCCUAAUUUCAAAAACAAUCAUUAACAAGGUGUUUGUUAAUAACACGACAAUAUUUAUUGUGUGUAUUACAAGUAAAAUGGGCGGUAGUAGCUCCAAAAGUCAACUAAAACGCAAUAAUACCUUACGUAGGACGCAGAGGAAGUCAUUGUAUAAAGUGGGCGAUAAAAUAGAGGCUCUUAAGAAGAAUGUGAAUAAGUUUAAAGGUGUGGAAGAAGACGAUGCGUAUGAAGACUUGCAUCGAGCCUUACACCAAAUCAGAAGAGAGUACGCUAGGAGAGGCCGGGAUCUUCAAAAUGAACUGCACAGUACGUACAAAAACAUAGGGAAGAUUAUAGAUGAGGUGGAGCUAGUGUUGAACAAUAAAAUUGAGUUGAAUCGCGACGAAAUCGCCAACAAACCAAGACGAAGAAAAUCUAGGGUGAGAGAGGAAGACGUCACCAGCCAAAUCAACACAGUGGUGUCGGGUGGGUAUACCACAGACGAAGAACUUGAAGCUGAGCAGCUCAAGAAAGCUACCAAGAAGAGGAACACGGUGGAACUGAAGGUUGUACGAGUGGUUCCAGAUAAAGAAAUAUUGAGUAGUGUUUUUAGUUCGCCCGACUCUCAAAGAAGAAAGUCCAUAUUAAAAAUGGGAGGGGUCAAUGUGACGCCAAAUGCAAUGAAGAACGAAUUGGAGAAGAGGAAGUCGGUUAACAUUGUUUUGGAGAAGGAUUUGGAGUAUCAAGACAACAAGAGCAUCAAUGAACAAGAGCAACUGGAUAAUUUGAUAGAGAAACUCAGGAAUAUAGAGCUGAACAUCAACAAAUUCAACGACACACAAAAUAGCCAUGAGUAUAGAAAGCUACGUGAUCAUUUAAUGAUUUGCCAAUCUGACUUACACGAGUUAGAAUUGAAUGAAGAAGGUUACACGAAGUGGAAUGACGCUAAAAAUUAUUGCACAAGUUGUAUAAAUUUUCUUGAGCAAAGAGCCAAUGAAAAUGCUAUGCCGAAGUCUCCUACAAUUAACCGCAUUCAACAAUAUAAAAGUACAGAAGAAUUAAGCGAAAAAAUAUCCCAGCUAACCAAAACAACCGCUAUAUAA